AUAUGACUGUUCUGUGCUGAAUGAUACCUGCCCUCACCUAUGUUUUCUAAGUUGACGUCAUGACGAAGAGAUCCCGUCGAACACUAGAUCAGGAUGAUCCUCUGUGCUGUUGUGAGUACAUUGAUCGCCAUGGCGGGCGCAGUCACAUGGCAGCAUGUUGCUGUGACUGUGAGGAUUUGGAUGAGGCUUGUGACAGAUGGAUGAAGAAGGAGUCUCAAAAUCCAGGCUCUCUGUCUCGGGUAGUUGCCACGAUCAGUGAUCGUCUGCGGGUGCCCUGGAUAUCUGGUGCCCAACAAGUUGAUCUAUCGUUGAUCCCUCCUCUUAUUCUCCUUCCUGUUUUUUUGCACAUUGCAGCUUUGCACUACCUGCUGGGUAUUGUAGUGCUAACAGCAGUGCCCAUCAUGGUCAUUUGGUACUACUACUUUACUCACCGAAAGAAAGGACGCACUUUAUUCUUCCUCAGCCUCGCCCUCUUCUCCCUCUUCUACAUGUUCUACCUCUUCAUCACCGAAGUCGUCCCUCACGGUGAUGUGAAUCAUCUUCAGUUGUGCGCUGUGACGGCGGGUGUUGCUCUUACGGUCAUUUCUCUCAUAAUCACCAAGAGGGGGCCGGGCUACGUCAGGCCUCUUCCAUCUGACACUCAUAGUACAGUGACCUAUCACAAACCACCACCUGAUGUAGAUGCUGCCUAUCUAAACGGAGAACAGCACCAGGUGGUGAUAGCCAAUCACGCCAGUCCUCCUGAACAAACUGAUGAAUCUGGGACAGCACAGGAGAGUGUUCAGAGGAGGAACUGGUGUACAGUAUGCAAAGUGGUGCGUCCCCCGAGAGCCGGACACUGCAGGAUCUGUGGAGUCUGCAUCCUGCGUCUGGACCACCACUGUGUCUGGAUCAACAGCUGUGUGGGACAGGCCAAUCACCCCAGUUUCCUUCUGAUGCUUGUUUUCUUUCUGCUGACGUCGCUGUACGGGAUCAGUUUGGUUCUUCGAAGCGUGUGUCCCCAUCAGAGUGUGAUGACGGCACUGCUCUACUGUCCUGACGUCUACAAGCAGUACAGUUCUGCUCUGUGUUUCACCUGUGCCUGGUACAGCAGUAUUGUGACGGGAGGUUUACUGCACCUGCUGAUCUUACAGCUCCUCAACGUCAGCUUCAAUGUGACCGAACGUGAGGCACGCCUGGCUCUGAGAGAGAAAACCGGUCGCAGACGUCUCUGGGGUCUGGUCAUCGACACCGGCACCUACUCCCGAGGUUUCUGUAGUAACUGGACUGAAUUCUUAACCAUGAGUAAGGCUUCAGAGCUGUCAAACCAUAAACCAUCAGAUCUGGUGUAGACAUUAAACUGGCAGUGUCUGCUGAUGGAAAAGUCUGUCUUUAAAGUGAAUUAUCACUUAUAUACUACAGUGAAGUAUAAUGUUGUGCUACUUAAUGCCUUCAACAUCCAUUCCGGAGUCAGUUUUAUGGCUCGAAACGUUGUGGUCAAGGUCUCAUCAAGAGUCAGGUGAAUGUUGUGGAACAGUAGAUGGCAGUGUUGUAGUAUAACAUCUCUCCUAGUGUAAUUCAGUAUCUAGUGCUUCAUUACUUUGCGGUGGAUAG